UUCUUUACAUCCUUUAACCUCGCUGUUGUCUCUAAGUAAAUAAAGGCCUCGGUUCCCAUCAGUAUUAUGCAGUAUUCAGUGUUUUAUGUGACCUUCUCUGUGAACUAGCCUACCUUUUGAGAAAAUGCUCCGCCCAAAAUCUUUGCUUCCCAUUUUCCAGCAGGGGCUGAACUUUUCUUUUCUUUCUUUCCUUUUUUUUUGCAGGACUUGAGGCUUUUAAACGACAAAACAUGAUGGGGAUAUACUUACUCUCAGUCAUUUUUGCAGGUAUCCUCAUCAUACCAUUUGCACUCAAAACGUUUUCCCCUUUUCUCUGGAUGGAUGUUCUGUAUUUCAGGGAUCUACUACGGAUUUUAGUCACGUUUGUUUCGAGGCGAAGAAGGAGACCUUUCUUCUUCGUUUUGGACCGUUUCUUGGAGCAGACCGCUGCCAAUCCCGACAAGCUGUUCAUUGUGUUUGAAAAUGAGGGCUACUCGUACACUCAUACGGACAAAAGGAGUAAUAAAAUAGCCAACGCGCUUCAGUCUCAUCCCGGCUUCAAAGCUGGGGACACCGUCGCGCUUUUCAUGGGGAAUGAACCCGCAUUCCUGUUUACCUGGCUGGCCUUGGCUAAAUUAGGCUCUCCGGUGUCUCUCCUCAAUCCAAACAUCCGCAGCAAGUCUCUGCUGCACUGCUUCAACUGCUGCAAGGCCAAAGUGCUCAUAGCUGCCUCAGAGCUAAAGGAAGCAGUGGAGGAUGUGUUGCCUUCACUGACAGAGCAGGGCGUCACCGUCCUCAUGAUGACCACACACUGUAACACGCCUGGAAUUGAGAGCUUCUCUGAUAAAGUGGACGAGGCAUCGGACUCCCCGCUCCCUCGAUCCCUCAGGUCACACAUCACUUUCAAAAGUCCUGCGGUUUACAUUUACACCUCUGGAACCACAGGUCUCCCUAAGGCAGCUGUGGUCAAUCAGAACCGCCUUUUAACAGCUCUGGCUGUUUUAUCAGCCAACGGUGUCCUCGCUAGUGACGUCAUAUACCUCAACCUGCCUCUGUGCCACACAGCUGGAUUUAUUAUAGGCUUUAUUGGCUCCAUCGAGACAGGGUCAACCAUCAUUUUGAAGCGGAAGUUUUCUGCCUCUCAGUUUUGGGAUGACUGCAGGAAAAACAAUGUGACUGUCAUCCAGUACAUAGGAGAGGUGAUGCGUUACCUUUGUAGUACACCAAAGAGAGAAAAUGACAAGCACCAUAAAGUAAGACUGGCCAUUGGCAACGGUGUGAGAGCGGAGAUAUGGAGAGAGUUUCUCAGUCGCUUUGGGAACAUUCAGGUUCGAGAGUUUUACGCCUCCACUGAGGGAAAUGUGGGAUUUGUCAACUACGCAGGAAAAAUUGGAGCUAUUGGACGAGUCAACUUUUUGCAUAAGAAGCUGUUUCCCUACACUCUGAUUCGAUAUGACACAGAGCGGGAUGAACCAGUCCGAGAUGCUAACGGCCUCUGCAUGGAGGCAGCCAAAGGUGAGACGGGACUGCUGGUGUCGAAGAUCACAGACAUUGCUCCUUUUGUUGGCUAUGCGCACAAUGAAGAACAAACAGAGAGGAAAAGACUCCGCAAUGUUCUCAAGAACGGAGAUCUUUACUUCAACAGCGGAGACCUAAUGAGGAUCGAUAACGACAACUUCCUGUACUUUCAGGAUCGUGUAGGGGACACAUUCAGGUGGAAAGGGGAGAACGUGGCAACAACCGAGGUGUCUGACAUCCUGACGAUCUGUGAUUGUCUCAAAGAAGCCAACGUUUACGGAGUCAAAGUGCCAGGGCAUGAGGGGCGAGUAGGAAUGGCUGCCGUCACUGUGCAGGAAGGUGCUCAGUUUGAUGGAAGUAAAAUAUACAGUCAUGUGGUUAAUUACCUGCCCUCGUAUGCCAGACCUCGCUUUAUAAGGAUACAGAAUGCAGUGGAGUUGACAGGGACUUUUAAGCAAAUGAAGGUGAAGUUAGUGAAGGAGGGUUUUGAACCAGGACCUAUCCAGGACCCUCUUUACAUCCUUGAUGAUCACAGGAAGAGCUACAUCCCGCUGACGGCUCAGGUCUACAACUGCCUCAUGUCAGGAAACGUCAAACUAUGAGUCGAACUUAGUGUUGACUAAUUGCGCAGCCUGCAUUGGAACUUUUAAUAAUGAAUUUCCAGCUCUGUGAAUGAAUACAUUUUUUAAUACUUUUUAUCAAUGCCUUUGUUAAAGGACGUAGAUGGGAAUCAGAAAUGUGGGAUUCAUUUUAAAGAAUCAUAUCAAGCGCUGAAGUCGGCCUGAGGAGGAGGAAAUCUGAUAGAUAGUAAUAAUAUAUUAAACAGCAAGUAAUAAUAUAAAUAGUAUACUUUUUCCUAACAUGAUUACUGCUUUUCAUUAAGAGGACAGCUGCUUUUAUUUUAUUCAGUCUAAUGAUGAUGUCGCAAAGUGUUAACAGAAUACUUUGCUUUUAGGAAAGAUAUGAGCAGCACGUAACUUAUAAGAGUUGGAACACGGUCUAAUGUAAAACUCUAUAGUUAUGUGCCAAUAUCUGUAAAUAUAAAUGAUUUCCCAGAGAAUUAAAGUGAUUCUUACUGUAAAA